UGUAAAAUAGUGCUCUGACAGAUGAAAUAUCUCUUGUACCUUGUAGUGUUUGCUUUAAAAGUAGUGUGGUUUAAUGUAACAUUGACUACAUUUUCUAGCAAUUUUGAUGUUAAAAUUAAUUUAGGUGCCAGUGCUUUAUUCCAUUAUGUUACAAUCAGUUCUAUCAGUCAAUUAGGACGUCAUGAUGAGUAUAAUAUCGUUUAUUUAAGACAUGUUGCAUGCGGAAAUGUUAACAUACCAUUAAUUACAGUGUCAUAUUAAUUCUCUGUGCUGUGUUAAAGACCAGUUCAGCUACUUUUGCUGCAGACAUGUUGAGAUUCUUCUUCUUUCUGAGAAAACAUGCAGUAGUGCUUUAAUUUAGUAGCCAUUGUCUGGUCUUUAGCCCUUUUGUGUUUUGAAUUAGUUGUUUCAGUUUGAGUCAGCAGUGUAAGUAGAUUUUUCCCUCUGAUGGAAAAAACACAUAGUGAGGACAUUAGAUGUGUCUUGUACAUGCAUGUUUUGCUGCUCAUAUUGGUGCUUACUGUUUCAUAGCAGUGCUUUUAGAUAACUGGGUGCUUUUUUUUUUCACCAGCCUUUGGACAGCCUUUUGGAGAGCCUGUGGAUUGCCCUUGGACAUCCUUUGGUCGACCACCUCUGCAUCACCUCGUAUCCUUUCAUCCAUCCAUCCAUCCAUCCAUCCAUCCGUUUUGCCUGCCUUGUUCUCUCUCUCUCUCUUUCUCUCUCCCUGUGUUUGUGUGUCUCUCUUGUGCUCUUGUGCUGUCUUCCAGGAUGCCUCGGAAGGGGAGACGCUCCCAGGCCCAGAAGCAGCGCUGGAGGAAGCCGGACGCGUCUGAGAUGCCCACCCCUCCUGUCGACGCACCCCACUGCUCCCGCUCUCCCCAGUACAAGAAGGUUGGUUCCACCUUGCCAGCCGGACGGUUCUGGGAAGAGCGGCAGGCGCGUGCAAACCUUAUUGCACGCCGUGGCACCGGUUACCGCCACAAGGUUUUAAAAUGGCCAACUUCACCCUUUACUGGGCGCAACCACAAGUUGGUCAUUCCUCCUGAGCGCCCUGGAAAGAAGUUCAUUCUUAUUGUUGGGGACUCCCAUCUACGUGCUCUUGUAGAUGGCUUUAUUCAGAUGCCAGAGUCUCGGCUGAGCUUUGGCUUCCUGUCGAUCCCGGGGGCAUCUGCUUCUGAAAUUCGCACUGAGGUUCUGCACGCUGCAGUUCCUCGUGCACCUGAUGCCGUCUGCGUCAUGGCCCCCGGCAACAACCUGACCAGCACCACUGUUGAGAAGGCCGGUGUGGAUUUUGCCAAUCUCCUCACCACUUGUGGCAAUCGCUGGUCUAAGGUUUUUGUGGUCGGCUUUCCUCCCCGCCUGGUCGUUGACGUCCAACACCAGGACCUGCUUCGGCAGGAAUACAGACGUGUGGCUGCUCGUAUGGGUGUAAAGUUCUUCAACACUGCAGAGCACUUCCCCCUGAGUGAUUUGGUGCUGUGGAGCAAGGAUGGUGUCCAUCUGAGUGAUCGUGAGGGGAUGGGGAUCCUCGUCCAGUUGUUCUGGUCCGCUGCCAGCGAGCAACUGAUGACACCACCUCCUUCGCCCCGGAUCUCUCCUCAGCCUCCAGUUCGGAAAGCUACAGUGAGAGAGAGAUCCCCUGCUCCACCCAGCCCGAAACCCCGUGAACGGAGGAAUAUUGGUCAGGGCGGCAAGACGAGCCAUCCUCGGGAACCUCCCCGGUCCAGAGGUUCACCAAAGCCCAGGAUGGCUCAACAGCAGGUGGAGGAGAGCUUCCUUCCACUGAACCCCGUCUGGUUCAGCAGCACAGCCCUAAGUGCCAUGGAGAAAGUGUCUCCCUCCCAUAUGUCUUGCCUGGCAGAUUUCAAUGCCACGGAGAAAGUGUCUCCCUCCCGUAUGUCUUGCCUGGCGGAUUUCAAGGCUUCUCCUAAGCCAAAGAAGCUGUUUGACUCACCCCCGGCCAGAUUGACUUGCAGUUGGGGCAAGACAGAAACCCCUGUUUGUUCUCCCAUUGCAAAGAUGGCCAAGAUGAUGACCCCCUCACCGAAUAGACAGGCCUGGACAGCUGAUGAUGCGGGCUGCAAGCCUCCUUCUCCUCAGAAGAUGACCCGAACACUGACUCCAUCACAAACCAAGUGGCCCUGGUUCAUGACAGCUGCAUCCACCUCAGCUGAUACACCAACAGACAAUGAUAAAACCAGGAGCGAGAGUCACCAUGUGGAGUCAGUCCGGGCCAGUCAUUCUCAGAAUGAUAAGAGGUACAAGGUAUUUUCCCGCAACCAUCAGUGUAGCUGUAACGCUUUGACAUUUCUGGCAUACCACACUGAGGGCUGUCAGUUCACCAGGACUACACUCGACAGAGUCCUGGCUCAGGGAGACGCGCUGUAUGUCGGAGUCAAACAGCAGUUGAUUCGCGACAAGACCUUCCAGAGCAAUCACCUGGCAGUCGAGGAGAUGCCAAAACAAGUCCUCACAGACAGACAUUUGUAUAAUGUCAACAUGUCUGAGAUCAGGUGUGGCUUUUUAAAAACUCAAGUCUCGAGCCCUGGAAGACGACAGUGGUGGCUUCCGCUUGCCACCCAGCUGGAGUGUCUUUCAGCAGAGGUUAAUCAGGCUUUAAUCAUCAUUUCACCCGAGGUUAUUGCUGUUUUCCGUGAUCAGUCCGGGAGGUAUGGAGUGUUUGAUUCCCACUCCAGAGACUUGACAGGAUUACCCUCUCAUUCCGGGAAGGCGAUCGUCAUGACUUUUGCGGAACUCAGUGACCUGGCUAACCACCUGCACACACUCUUUAGAGACCGUGGAGACUCUGCAAGUUACGAGUUUGUCCCGGUUUCUUUUCAGACUGACAGCCCCAGUGAACAUCCUCAACAAUCCCCAGAAACUGAGGUUCAAAAUGAAGUGUCUGAACCUGCUCUCCUCGCAUUGCAGGCAGACAGUGGGACAGCUGUCAAAAUUGAGGAGGAUGUUAAAGGUUCCUCAGCUGUCCCACAAGCAAUAAAUCUCUCUCGAUUGGAGAAAGAUCGGAGGCGAAAAGCCAAGAGGAGAGCAUUUGACACAAAGGAACAACUGAAAGAAAAAAUUAGGAAAAAAACUGGGGAGAGAAUCAGGUAUGCCAGCUGUGCCGAAUUUCGCAGGAAGAAAAUUCAGGCACACAGUAAGUGUGUGCAAAAGAACCGUGAACAACGGCUCUUGUCUUCCAAAAAAUACUAUGCGAAGUUCAAUAUCAAAAUGCCUGGAGAACAACUAAAAAACAAAUACAUGACAGAUUCUGCUUUUCGGAGCAGGAAAAAAAUUAUGUUGUCAAGAGGUACAGCACGGAUCCAGCCUUUCAGAACAGGCAGAAAAAAUAUGUUGUCAUGAGGUACAGCACGGAUCCAGCCAUUCCGAACAGGCAGAAAAAAUAUCUUGUCAAGAGGUACAGUACGGAUCCUGCCUUUCGGAACAGGCAAAAAAAGUAUGUUGUCCAGAGGUACAGGAAGAAUCCAGAGUUCAGCUACAUCAUAUUCAACGCUGUAGCCUGCUCAGAAGACGCAGGUUGGCUGCCAAUCCUGACAUGCGUCAGAAGUUGUGGAGAGCACUGAGCAUCAGGCGGAAAUACGACAGCUCGGAACCUCUCGCCAGCCAGUGCUCACUUCAGUGAUGGCAGCGGCAAUAGCAGCAUUCCGUGAGACCAUCAGCCAUGGACCAACAUACGUCUGUACCAGCUGCCACAGGACUAUGUUUCCAAAUCAAGUCAAGUCAUGCAAG